AUGAUCAUAAAGCGUGGCAUAUUUGAGGCUUUUAAGGGUGCAAUAUCUGAUGAGAUAACAAUUGACAAAGAUUUCCUUGCCAAAAUCAAAAAGUACUUUGAGAAAAGUGAUAAAGUAAAAACUAGCACUCUUGUAAAGAGACUAAUUUCAAUGAAUUUUAAAGGUAAGGAAAACAUAAGGGAGUGCAUUAUGGAAAUAUCUAAUGUUGCUUCUAUAUUGAAAGCACUGAAACUCGAGAUGUUUGAAGACUUAUUCGUGCACUAUGUGUUUAUAUAUCUUCCUGUUCAAUUCAAUCAAUUUAAGGUCAGUUAUAACUGUCAAAGGGAGAAAUGA